UACAAUAAAUCAAUUUUUUUUGGUCUCGAAAAACGUUCGUGCGCUCUAACUGAAAAAUCUUAAGUUAUCUAUUUUUUCGCUGGUCUAAAUUUUCGAUUUGUGGGUAGCAGACAUCUCACUGCUAGCACUGCAAUGCAGCAAAACGCGUCCUUCUAUGGUGUCGCCACCGCUGAGGCCGUCCAACGCAAGCAGUUUGCAGCUGCAGCCGCCAGCGUCACUGUGAACACUGUCAUCGACGAAGCGGUCGUCUGGAUACUCUCAGAUCCCUCAGAGUGCUUUCUUUAUAAGUAUCCGUGCGAGUGUAAGGAACGCCGCCAUAACCGUUUACAGCUUGCACGCAUUGCCGCUAUGGAGAUAAAUGGCGCCUCGACAUCGGCGAAGGAGCAACGCAACAGCAUACGCGCGGUCACCAAAGCGAAUUUGAGGAAACGUAUCAAUUGGUUGCGGAUCGAUGAGUUCUCGCUGCCUCGGGUGGUGCAGUUAGUUUACGAUUACCUUAGCUUGUGGCGCCUCACACCCAAUACGCAUUACAUGGUGAGACCUGAGCAGGAUGCGGUGUGCGUGCAACCGCAGGGUCGCACCUACUGCUUGAGCGUGGUAUUUACGCGUAAACCACAACGUGAUAUGGAGCAUUGCAAUCCACUGACUAUGGCUCAGGCCAACUUCAAGGUGCAUGCAUCACAUUUUUUGCCUAAAUUCUACCCGGUGAUGAUGACGUACCGGUUUGAGAAUUGUAAAACGGACUACUAUGCGCUAGGUAAUCGGCGAAUGAGACGUUUAGACUUUCAGCGUUUCUUCAUCGAUAUGGCGCUGGAGACAAAAUUGGGAUUUUAUGCGCAGUUCUUGAAGACAAUUGCGUUUAGCACAUCAAAUAAGUGUCUUUUUAGGCGAGGAAGCAAAAGAGAAGACAGGAAGAAGGAAAUAGAAGCGAGCGCAAAGCGAUUGUGCAUAUGCGAAGCGGAGAAUAGCACGCGUGAGGGGAAUGAGAGCAGUAGUGAAAGAGAGCAAGUGGCACAAGAAGUAAAUGUGAGUGUUGAUGAGUGCACGAAGCGAAUGAAUGGAGAUACAAGGAUGGAAAAUAGCUGUGAUUUUCGGAGUUCCGAUCAUACUACGCCAGAACUAAACAGUGAAAAUGAAAAAGAAAAGGCUGGCUCAUCAGAAGAACAAGCAUGCGCAACCGGAUAAGGCGGAAAUGAAAGCACUAAGAGUGGGCCGCACCUCACCGAUGUUGAAAACGAGAAUAACUGAGUGGGAAAGUGGGAUGAGUGGGAAGAGCAAUAAUUAACAUGAUAGUGGACUUUCAAGCAGUGAGUGAUGGAUUAAAGGGGAAGACAGAUGAAGAGGGUGAGAGUUGGUACGUAGCGUAGUAGCAGGAAGAAGAUCGGGUAAAGAGAGAAUAAAAAUUGUGGUUGAAUACAGAAAAACAAAAAAUUCAAGAAGUGAAAACAAAACGAAACCAAGGUUAGGAGAUUAAUAAAAGGCCACUAAAUUAGCGAAGAGAUAACGAGGAAUAGCAAAUAUAGCAAAUAAUUAUGUACAUUGAAAUAUUCAUAUAUGGAGAAUUCCCACAAUAUGGAAGAUACUGGAUAUUUUGAUAUUCCUAUUAAUUUUUUUCUACAAAGCUCACUGCUCGAAACUGAUCAGCAGUUGGUCUAUGUCCACUCAAUCUCGCCUCGCGUGUAAAAAAUUUCCAGAAAAUCAAGUCACUCAUUAUUAAAUUUUCUUUAAUAUAAAUGAAGUAUUUUGGUCAGUUUAAGAAUAUUUUCAAGAUUUUCAAAAAAUAAUUAUGAUUGGUUUUUAUUUUUGCAGAAAGCAAUCUAACAAAUUUAAGAAAAUUCAGACGUGAAUGUUUUUAAAAUUUUGUGCAAUGAGCACUCAUAACUAGCGUAUUUUUUUAGAGUAUCAUUAAAUAAUACAAAAUAAAUAAACAAAAAUGAAAUAAAAUGUAUGUUGCUGUAAAAAUAUCCUAAUACUUUUUCUUCGGUACACCAGGGACCGAAUCUGCAUGAAAUUCAAACUUAAAAUGCGA